AGGCUGCUGGUCAAUGAUUGCUGGAUCCCAUUUUACACUUCAUGGGAGACUAAGAUUAGCAGUUGCAUCUCCCCGGGUGUCUACUUGCGUAAAAUACAACUGUUAUUUGUCAUUGUGCAUUUCAAACUGAUUGCUGAAGGUUAAAACCUGAUUUUUCCUAAACCGCAUCAUGUCAACCAUACGGGAAGCUGAGAGUAUCUAUGAAAAUUCAAUGCCCCAGACUUGGGUGAAUGAGGAAAAUAUCUACUGCAUUCCUGAUAACUUAGGUUUGAAUACUGAGGAUCCUCCAGAGAAGCCAAAUUUGCAAUUGAUCAUUGGAGAAAGUCAACACAGCUAUAGCUCAUCUCUUUCUCCACGUUCCACAACUCCAACAUCUCCUGACAACACAAGAUCCUUAUUCUCAUCAACAGAGAUCAACUCCUAUCCAACAUCACCCACCUCUCCAAGGGAGUAUGUAGCACCACUUGGGCUCCACACCCGUGUCUUAGAACCCGCCAGGCAAAUGAGCACCAAUGAGGAUGAAGUGGACUACGAGGCACAAGAGGAAGAUAUCUCCCUCUAUGUCAGGGCUGGCAGUGAUGGAGAGAGUAUAGGAAACUGUCCCUUCUCUCAGCGCCUCUUUAUGAUCCUCUGGCUGAAAGGAGUCGUCUUCAAUGUAACCACAGUUGACCUGAAGAGAAAGCCAGCAGAUCUACACAACCUCGCGCCGGGCACUCACCCUCCUUUUCUCACCUUUAACGGAGAGGUGAAGACAGAUGUGAACAAGAUAGAAGAGUUCCUAGAGGAGACAUUAGCACCACCAAGAUACCCCAAGCUGGCAGCAAAGCAUCGGGAGUCAAACGCAGCCGGAAUUGACAUUUUUUCUAAAUUUUCAGCAUACAUCAAAAACACCAAACAGCAAGACAAUGCUGUGCUAGAGAAAGGCUUGACAAAAGCCCUCAAGAAAUUGGAUGAUUUCCUCAACACACCUCUAACCGAGGAGAUUGAUGCAAAUAGCCGAGAAGAAGAAAAGGUCUCCAGACGGAAGUUCCUGGAUGGGGAUGAAUUGACACUUGCGGACUGCAACCUCCUGCCCAAGCUUCAUGUGGUCAAAAUUGUUGCAAAGAAGUAUCGCAAGUACGAAAUUCCAUCAGAGAUGUCUGGCGUAUGGCGAUACCUGAAGAAUGCCUAUGCCAGGGAUGAGUUCACCAACACCUGCGCCGCGGACAAAGAGACAGAGCUAGCCUACGCAGAUGUGGCCAAGAGGCUUUCCAAGUCAUAACUACCGCAGAAGCAUUGGCUGAAAGAUCCUCUGACCAGUAGACUGUUCUCCGUUUUGCCUUAGGAUGAAUCUCCUCCAGUUUCUCCACCCCCUACUGCCCCUGCUUCCAGAUACACCAAUGCUGUGCUGCUUGGCAAAGAAGAGAUUGUCUUUAAGUGAAUUUUUGGACGAAAUGAAUGAAUUAAUCAGCACAAAAUGAAGGGACAAUGACAGCAAGCUUCACCGUGCACGUUUCCCUCCAUAGAUCUGAAAAAUCAUCUUAAGGCAAUAACGUGCAUAUAUAAAGUAUUUUUGUAAUGUAAGCUGACUCAUUUAAGAGUGAUUUAUAAAAUGUAUUAUUCCAUAGCUAAUUGUAUGAUAUCACUAAUCCUUCACAGUUCACUACAAGCCUUCAGUAUACCUCCCAACUUGUCAAAGAGGCACUCCAGGACAGGGGGG